AUGUCUCUUGGAGGCACAACCAUUGAAACACUGAAGAUUCAGGAGAACUUAACCUGUAAGCCGAAGAACCAGACAUUCAGGCUGAAAGCAGAGAAUCAGACGAUGGGAAUUCAUUGCACCACCAUUGAGGAGGACGACUUGGGAGGAUGGAGUGACCGUUGUGUUCUCUCUUGCUGGACCCAGAAGGAUCCAGUGCUGGGUGCGAUCACCUACGUGGGGCUGAGCUUCUCUCUGCUGUGCCUCCUCCUGGUGGCCCUCACCUUCCUCCUGUGCCGGCCCAUCCAGAACACCAGCACCUCGCUCCACCUGCAACUCUUGCUCUGCCUCUUCCUGGCCCACCUGCUCUUCCUCACAGGCAUCAACAGGACAGAGCCCAAGGUGCUGUACUCUGCCACCGCUGGGGUGCUGCACUGCCUCUACCUGGCCUCCUUCACCUGGAUGCUCCUGGAAGGGCUGCAACUUUUCUUAAUUGUCAGGAACCUCAAGGUGGCCAACUAUCUCAGUGCAAGCAACUUCAAGAAGAGGUUCAUGUACCCUUUUGGCUAUGGGGUCCCAGCUGUGAUUGUGGCUGUGUCUGCAGGCAUUGGAUCCAGUAAUUAUGGAACCCACACUCCGUAA